GCCGAAGGCCGAGGGCCGUGCGCCUGCGCGGAGCCGGAGUCCGGCAGGGCCGCAGUCGCGGGUGGUGAGUGGUUACCGUGAGGACCGGUCCGGCCACUCCUCUCUCCUCCGCCCACUCUACCCGCCCCGUUCCACGCCCCUGCCCACCACGACGCGGUAGACGGACCCCGGCCCUGUUUUCCCGCCAGCUGCAGCCGACCCGGCCGGAGGCGGUGCCGUUCCCAAGAUGUCGCAGACGGCCAUGUCCGAAACCUACGAUUUUUUGUUCAAGUUCUUGGUUAUUGGAAAUGCAGGAACUGGCAAAUCUUGCUUACUUCAUCAGUUUAUUGAAAAAAAAUUUAAAGAUGAUUCAAAUCAUACAAUAGGAGUAGAAUUCGGUUCAAAGAUAAUUAAUGUUGGUGGCAAAUAUGUAAAGUUACAGAUAUGGGAUACAGCAGGACAAGAACGAUUCAGGUCUGUGACCAGAAGCUAUUACAGAGGUGCAGCCGGGGCCCUGCUUGUCUAUGACAUCACCAGCCGAGAAACCUACAAUGCGCUUACUAAUUGGUUAACAGAUGCCAGAAUGCUAGCGAGUCAGAGCAUUGUGAUCAUCCUGUGCGGAAACAAGAAGGACCUGGACGCCGACCGCGAGGUCACCUUCCUGGAAGCCUCCAGGUUCGCCCAGGAGAACGAGCUGAUGUUUUUGGAAACAAGUGCACUAACAGGGGAGAAUGUAGAAGAGGCCUUUGUGCAGUGUGCAAGAAAAAUACUUAACAAAAUCGAGUCAGGUGAGCUUGACCCAGAAAGAAUGGGCUCAGGGAUUCAGUAUGGAGACGCUGCCUUGAGACAGCUGAGGUCACCACGGCGAGCCCAGGCCCCAAGCGCUCAGGAGUGCGGCUGCUAGGAGCCCCAGAGGAGCACACGGUGAGUGUCAGCCCCGGGAAGUGGGAACCGACCUCCCAGGUGUGAGACGGAUGUUCUCCCUGGAGGGCCUCACUUCCAUGGGAAUCCUGCUGCCCUCAGUCACAGCGACAGCACCUGUGAGGAGACAUCCUAGGAUGAGCUGCAGUCAAAUGAAUGUGCCUUUUGCCGAAAUAGAAGCCUCCUUUAUAAAACUGGCUGAUGUCCCUACUCCCAAAGCUGCCCCUGUCCACAUUUACCACCCCAGACGUUGUGGUUUAUAGCCAACAUCAGCUGAUAGGCUCAUCCAAGCAUGAAAUGAGAAGUAAAGUA